AUGAAGCUUCCAUUAAUUACUCUUUCUUUCUUCCUAUUUUCUUAUCAAAUAACCUUAUCACAAGAUACUGAUGAACAAGUGAAAGACACAAAUGGAAACCCAAUUUUUCCAGGUGGAAAAUUCUAUAUUAUGCCAGCUAUCUUUGGAUCAACAGGUGGUGGAGUAAGGCUUGGCGAAACAAAUAAUUCAUCAUGUCCAACUACUGUACUUCAAGAUUAUUCUGAAGUUAUCAAAGGUUUACCUGUACAAUUCCAAAUUCCGGGAAUAAGUCCUGGUAUAAUCUUCACAGAUAUAACACGAUUGAAUAUUGUAUUUGUAGAGAAGCCAGAGUGUGUUGAAUCAUCCAAAUGGGUUGUAAUUAGAGAUGGUUUUUCUAGCUUUUCGAUUGGUAUUGGUGGUGUUGAAGAAUAUGGUGAUGGUACUUUAAAAGGUUUGUUUAGUAUUAAGAAACAUGUUUUUGGAUAUAAACUUGUCUUUUGUCCUAGGUAUACUGCUCCACCUGGUGUUUGUCAUGAUAUUGGUAGGUAUGAUGAUGAGAACGGAAGACGUUUGAUUCUUACUGAUAAUGAACCCUUUGAACCAUUUGAAGUUGUGCUUGUUGAUGCCACUGAAAGCUCUAUAUAGUAUUACAUCUAUAUUAAGAAAACACUUCCUGUAAUAAUGUUACAAAAUUGGCACUCUUAAUUUUCGGUCUGUUUUAUCAUUAUUGUGCAAUACUGUAUUGAAUAAGAUCUUUACUAAUAUGAAUAAAAUCCCCAUGCUAUGUAUUGUAUGGAUAAUAAGUAUUCUCUUAUUCACAGUUCUAAUUUCUAUUUUCAUUUUUGAAUGGGAAAUAGUGUAAAUAAAAAGAGUAAAGAGAGAAUUGAAUAUAAGAAGUACUCAUUCACUUCUAGAUUAUUCCGACACGGAACCAAAAAUUGAUGAAGAAAACAAUUUGGUAGACACCAGGUGGAGCAGUAAACCUAGGACAAAACACAAGUUUUGAAUAUGAUGGUGCAAGACUACAAUUUGGCAUAGCGGGGUGUGCCAACUAAGUUAUCACUUAAACACCAAAAUUUUUGAAGCCAAUGAGGUGUAACUUGCAAGAAUGAAUGAAAAAGUAUAUGUUAUGAUCUGCAGGCCAACUUAAAUUAUGAUAUUGGGAUCCAACGUGGAAGACGAGAGAUUGCAUAUUGGAUAUGAUGGCUAAUGAUGAGCAAUGGUUUGGAUUCGACGUGUGGUCCUCCAGUAAAAAACUACUUUCUCAUUGUCCCCUGCAAAAAUACUUUGCAUUAGGCCUUUGGCGUUGUACCGGUCUUGUUGGGCCGUUUGCCUCGUCAAAAAUAGUUCCCCUAAGUCCUAGCUACCAUGCAUGAAGCUAAGAUUGUCAUGGAAGCUUUGAAACUGGCCUCAGUAUCGAUCUUCUUCUUCGUCUUGACGUGUACAAAAAGUUCUGUAGGUUUCAAAGGACAAAUUGUGGAACUGGGACUUGGAAACUAAAGCUUUUCAUAGUUUCUCCAUAUGACCCUAGGUUUUAGGGAUAAAGUGUGGAGCUAUGUGCUUUCAAAUAGAGUCAUUUGUUGAUGAUUUUAGUAGCAGAUGAUCCUUGGUGGUUUUGAUGCUGAUAACACACCUAAUGUCAAUCAGUGUUUGAAGAAGUCAUUGAAGAUCUUUGAUCUAGCAACCUCUGGUAAUAAAGUCUAACAAAGAAGUCAUCUCAAACCUCAUCAGAUAGAAGUCAAGUUGCAGAUGAAGUACUGCUGAAUCCAUGGUUAAUUUAGCAAUGGAUCUUGAAACUUUGAGGUUGUAAAAGAGAGGAAUUGUGAAAACUCGUCUGUUUUUGAGUUUAA